AUGGCAUCAUUCGGUCCUUUUUCCCGGCUGCCUCUCGAGCUGCGCCAACGCAUCUGGCAAUUGAGCAUGGAGCCCCGGCACGUGCUUAUGGGAAAAUGCGAGUAUCUCCAUGCGCAAUCAAGCCCACCAGCCGUUCUACAGGCCUGCGUGGAAUCGAGGUCGCAUCUCCGAGGCCGUUAUACCCAGGAGGCUCGUUGCGGCUGCAGUGGAUCAUCGGCGUCGCGCGCCAUGGUGAACUACGACAUCGAUACCGUCUGCAUGACCGCCUUCGACAUUACUAUCUGGUCGAGUGCCAAGGAUGCACCUAUCAAGUACCUGGCGCUCGAGUCCAGGGACUCGGAGGCCUUCUUCUGGAACACUAGUGGUGCCGUGAGGGACAUCGCAACUCUCGAGCACCUAGAGAUACAUCCUACGCCAGGCUCAUGGCCGGAAAGGAAAAAGGCGCUCUUGUUGCAGGAUUGGAUCUCUCAGCUAGAGGUCUAG